AUGGCCCCCAAACAGAAUCGCGUUACGAGGCCCAGCAGUGGACCCAAGCGUACUCCAUCGAAGUCGUCUUCCGCCAGCGGCCCGCCGACCAAAUCAAAAAAGCCCGGCAAGAAAGCGCCUCCGGUGAAGACGAACAAAGCAGUAAAGCAAGGCACGGCAAAAUCGAAGCUUCCCCCUCACAAGCGGUACACAGAGUCGGAAUUGAAAGUGCCGCAGCUCAAUGGAAUCAUCCCCGCAGGUGUCUCUAAACCUCCAAAUCAGAAGAAGGGCAAGGUCUUCGUGGAUGACAAGGAAAGCAUGAACGUGAUCAUGGCCAUGGUCAUGGCGGAGAAGGAAGGCAAUCUCGAGAGUAAGAUGAUGAAGACCAGACAGCUGGAGGAGGUCCGGGCGGCGAAGUUGGCGGAAGCUGAGAAGAGAGUUGCGGGCAAGAAAUCUGAGAUGGAAGAUCGGAAAGCCAACAUCAAGACCGAGGGCAAGAAGAGCAAGAGACGUCGGAGUGACAGAGAUGGCGAUGGCGAGGAUGGCGAUCGAAGCAACAAGAAGGUUGACGAUGGUUCGAAGAAGGUGAAGCUGAGAAAGCGUGUCAGCUUCGGUUGA